UUGCAUCAAGUUGCUUGUUACAUACUGCUAGCCUAGAUUUGCAUUAAAAAAAAAAACAAUUUGACAGCUUGCUAAACAAGGUGGGCGAUCGAAGUCGAAGUCGCCGACUGAGUUAUAAUUUUUAGGAAAUACUAUAAAGAUUCACUUGAAAUACAUUACUUAUCAUUAAAGAAGCAAUAAUUUUAGUGAUAUACACUUAUAACGAGUAUAAAAUAUCUGUACUAUUCUUGUUUUGAAUAAAAAUAGAAAUUCAUUUUAUGAAUUAAAAUUAUGGAAGAAUAUGUCCCUGUAAGUCGGGAACCUCUCGAUGUUUGCGCCGUUUUUAUAAAAGAGGAGCAAGAGCAUUGUUUGGAAACAGUAGAAACUUUACAUACGUAUGACAUAAAGAUUGAAAGGGAUUAUUUUGUGGACAAUGAAGAUGGGGAACCGACUUCUCUUGACUCAAACCCACCACCAGACUCUUCAAAAACAUACACCUGCGAAAUCUGCACCAAACAGUUCUCCCAAAAACGCUACAUGACCGCCCACCGCCAAAGACACCCAGAAUUCAAAGACCUAGCCAUCAAACUCCAAGAAGAGAAGCUACGACUCGAACAAGCCAAGAAAGACCAGCAAUUCAUCUGUCUAUACUGUCAGAAAGAGUUCUGCAACCGUUCAACUGUCAACCGUCAUAUGAAAAUUCAUACAGAUGACAAACCAGUGUCAAAAGACUAUAUUUGUGACAUUUGUCAAAAAGCAUUUGCACAUAAAAGAGAUGUUAGAGUCCAUUUACGUGUACACACGGGAGAGAAGCCGUAUAAAUGCAAAACAUGCAGUAAAAGGUUCACCCAACUGGCCAGUUUGCAGUAUCAUGUCCAAGGUCAUUCGAAAAUCAAACCAUAUCCAUGCGAUAUGUGCAAUAAACAGUUCCUAAGGCGCAUCAGUUUAGAACGUCACAAGAGGAUCCACUCUGGAAUCAGACCGUUCAAAUGCCAGUUGUGUGAAAAAGCAUUCACGCAGAAGCGACAUCUAGUGCAGCAUAAUCGGUUACACACAAAAUAUAAGCACAGAAAGUUGGGUUCUAAGUUCGGGCGAAAUAAGGACGCUUUUCCUGUUAACGCUAUUACAGCUUAAAGAUUUGUUUUAGAUGAAGCAUAAUUCUACUUCCACAAUGGUCGUUAAAUUGAGAUGAAGCUUUCGUCUUUUACAAAAUGUCAUUAAUCAUUUAACUGUAACAAAGCACAUUAUGUAUCUUAAAAAUAUUCUGCUUUGGUUUUGAUACAUUUAAACGUAAACAUUGUAAAAAUUGGUUGUUUUUAAGAUGCAUUUAAAAAAAAAUAUUUUUGUGCCAACCUGUGUAUGCGCCAUUUUAUUUACUCAGAAUGACGCGCUGUGCACGGUAACGGAAUGGAAGGAACGAAAAAUAAAAUUUAUGUAAAAUGUUGGGUCAAUUUUGCCCUAUUAGGGAAGCUCAUUAUACUGAGGCGAAAUGCGUCUACAAUAUUUUGAAUAACUGUCUAUGACGUCAUUUAAUAGAUGGUUGUUGAGUGGUAAAUAAAUGAUUUAGUCAACUA